AUGGACAAGGCCUCGGACCGGACACGGCGACAGCGCGCUCUCGGGCCGCGGCUGCCCAAUCUCGCGCUGGUCGCCGGGCUCUUCAUCAACCCAUCAUCCCCCAUCGCCCCGGCCGGCGCUGCCGCCGCUGCCGUCGCGGCCAGACAAUGUCUCCAGGCUCCCGCGGCUCCCGCGGCACCCCGGUCUCCCCGGUCCCUCCCGUCUCCGCUCCAGGUACGCAACGAGGGCGAGCACGUAGUCCUCGCCGACUGCGUCGACACGGCCGGCGUGCUGUCUUCGCAGAUCGCCUACUUCCCCGGCGACCCGGGCCCGUCGCCCCAGGACGUGGCCGUGGUCGAGACCAAGGAGGGCCAGACGGCGCUAUGGGUCAACGACAACACGUCGGCCCUCUUCACGACCACGGGCGUCACCUUCACCGCCCUGAUCGGCCCGCACGUCAAGGACGGCGAGUUCGCCGGCAUCGGCAACAACGGCUACGGCAACUUUAGCUGCUACCAGAUGUACAGCAAGGACCUGUACAAGUACGCCAAGACCACAUGCUCGCAGGUGUACCUGUGCGACCACAGCGCUCCGCCCGCGGGCUGGGUCUGGGACCCGUCGAAGGGCAGUAGUAAUAGCAUGUCCCACGGCACCAUCAUCGGCAUCGCGGUCGGGGUCGUCGGCGGGGUGCUCUUCCUUCUCGCGGCGGCUCUGGCCAUUUGGUAUUUCCGGCGGUCGAGGGGCGGGCGCGGGGGCGCGGCUAGCCGCCUCUCGAGCAAGUUGCUCAGGUCGGGCACCUCUUCGACCGCGGCGGCAUCCUCGGACGCGGGCGAGCCCAAGUCUCAGACGCAGACGCAGACGCCGAUGCCGACGCCGAGCGAGUUUUCGUCGAGCCAGCACCACCAGCCCGUGGUGCAGAAGAUAACCGGCCCUUACGAGAUGGAUGGCCGGUACCGCGUCGAGCUGGCCAACGACAACGGCAAGUACGAGAUGGACCCGCACGGCCACGGCAGCGCCGAGCUCGAUCCUACGUCCAAGCAACAAGAACACGCGACACCUUCCACCCAGAACCAGGUGUCACCCGUCACUCCCGCGCAGUCAGAUUCCCUGCUGCAGCAUGGCGGCUUCCCGCCGAGGUCUCCACCUCCGCAGUAUGCGGAAUGA